CGUAAACAGGCAAACGCCAAAUAUGAAACCAUGAAAUACCCAUCGGAAUUGAUGUUCGCACUUGUGGAUGCGGCAGUGAUAUCCCAGAAUGAUCUGGAAUAUCUGUCAAAAAUACUGAAAGUAGCGAAGCAAACAAAACUUGCAGAUCGAGUGAAGGAGUAUGAAAACCGCCAUAACCGCAAACAAGAUACAACAGUGCGAAGAAAGCGAAAGGCUUCAGACUCAGAUAUAUCAUACAAACGUCAGUGUUUUGACUUUCCUGUACCGAUCAAAUUGGAGGAGGGUUUCGUUUAAAGAUCGCGCAUUAUACUGGGCAGCCAUGGAAGUAUUCACGAGAUCAAUGGUUCAAAUACAAAGCAAUGAUGCUGCAGUUGAUGUGAAAGCCAGACAGAUGAACGAGGCUUUCGAAAAACUGGGCGUCAAUCUGACCGGGGUGAAAAUCUCUUCUGUUAUACUGCUCGCACGUUGUUGGAGUAUGAAUGGAUUGAUGAGUUUCAAAGAUGGUUUGAAGUCUAGAAAACUGGUUGUGUUAUUAACGGAUAUUUUGAUAACAGACGAGUUGAAAGACUUAGUUAAAGGCACUGGUAUCACACUACGAAUAUCAGCUGAUGUAGAUCCAAUACAUCUUGAAAGAGCUGAGAAAUAUUUCGAAGAUACUGCUAUUGAAACAGAGCUUUUCAAGUAUGAUAAAAUGGAUGUUGUGCAUCGCUCAUCGCCCACCUUGAUGUCAGUUAACUACCUUAAUUUAUUCACAAUGGCAUACCAACCUAACCGGAAAUUAAACUCCUUGCGUAAGUCAGUACGUUUAAUACAGAUAGCGAGAAAAGAAAGUUUUAAAACCAAAGAAGUGAUCAGAUCACUCGAAGUGCGAGUGCGUGAAAAGGAUCGGGUUAUAAACGAGAAACAGAAACGGCUAACGGCAUUGGUUGAAGAACAUUGCGAUUUGCCACCACAGAAGUCUCUCGGCGCCAGUGGUAUUGAAAAAGACACAUUGAACUCUGAAGUACGCGAAUUACAUGAAUUGCUAACAGACGAGACUAGCCAAAUUGUAGCGAUGAAUGAAACAGUCAGAGAGAAGGACGCGGUCAUAGACUCAUUGACGUCAGAAUUACAAAUUGAGAAAUUGAAAUUUCCAGUAGUGUCAGUGAGAUUGAGAUUGGAGGUUGGUUUUCUGCUAGCAAUACCCCCUGAAACGGACAUAUCUGAUACGCUAUACCCUACAGAAAUAAAAUAUAUUGACGCUGGAUAA